CACCUUUUUACCAUUUGCAAUCUUUUACACUCCAAUUAUUAAUGACAGACCCACGUCUGCUCGUAGCUGGCCAUCGGAAGUUUCAUAACGGACAACUCAGGGAAGCAGCAGCAGCAUAUCUCGAGUAUGUUGGAAACGCGGCACUCUCCAUGCGUGAGUCUGUUUUGCGACAGCAUACGGUGGACGUUGACGGCGCACACCAGACCUUCAAAGACUUGCAGCAGGUUAUAACCCGUCUCGAAGAUAUCUAUGACACGCUCGGGAGAUCAGCCAUCGCGCUGCCGCCGACUGCAUCGCUAACCGGAGGCAACGCCAGUGACCCCGACUCGAGUAGCGAUCAUAAUCCAGGUAGAAAGAGCGGGAGUGCUGAGCCCACGGGUCGCCUACCGCCGAUUCCGCUGUCAGACCUGUCCAAGCUGGUAAUCAUGCGCACCUAUGCUGCGACCAUGGCCAUGCAGCAGCGCAAGGCGCAGAUUGGAAGAGCUGACACAGCACACGCGCGGCGGUUAAUGGAGGAAGAGCAGAUUGGCCGCGAAGACCUCGACAAACUGUCGCAGCACCUACGAGCAGUCGAGGCACUUAGCUUGACCGCCUGGGAUCUGUUUGCCCAUGUCCAGGUGCCCGAGGAUAUGGUUUCGGGUGGAGCUGAGGUUGAUGUAGCGAGCUCAGUGAGGAACUGUGCAGGGUUCGCCGUGUUCCUUGGCCAUGCUGCAGCUGGAAUACUACUGGACACAGCAGCAUCGAUAGCUAAAGGUGCAACUUCAAACCUGGCACCUCCUAGCGCCCGACGUAGCAUGGAGAUGUCGUCGCUGUCUAACCUGAAGGGGCAUCCACAUAUUGUAACCUGCUUGGUUGUGUUGACACACAUACUUGUGCGCGUGUUUGGCGAUUUCAAUGGCGGAAUUGCGAUCCGGCGGCUGCAAAGCCUAUGGAGGCAUGUGGACCAGCAAACCGUGGGGCUUCUCGAGGAUUUGUGCGGUAUGACUGGUCCAUCAGGGUCGGCAGGCGAGGAGGCUGGGCGGCUCCAUACCAUCGACGAAGCGCGGUACCAUAGCACGUUGAAGGCGGUGGCAGCAGAAUUGAAGACCCGGUAUACAGGCAAUCCGUUGGACAUACACUCACAGACCGCGAAAUCGCUGAUUGUUGCCAUUCCAUAUAUGCCACGCAGCAUCAGCAGCCUACGCCCUGACGGGUCCCAACUGCUUGACCAGGAAAAGCGGGUUUUUGGCUGGUCAGGAUCGCAUUCGCCACACGACCUGCGUCACCGGUCGCGUCAGCACACGUACAUGCCUGGAAUAUACACUGUUGAGGCUGGCGAUAAUGUUUACCAGACAUAUAUGCCGGUGACGCUCAGUGAGCUCAUAGACACCGGCUGCUCUAUGGAGCCAGCUAGACCACAUACGCCCAGCAUGUCGACGGCACGCGCAACGCAGCUGUCUGUUCGGGAUGCGUCACUGCAACACUGGAUUCUGACACGGCCCGUGCGCAUCCAGACGCCCUUGGCAUCCGAGGCCGGGAUAUUCUUGGAGCGCAGCGAGUCCUCGGCUACGCCUAAUGUCGUGCACACCAUGGUUGCGCCGCCUUCAGUAUUACACCUGGCAGCUCGAGACCACGACCAGCGGGAUGUCGAGUCAGAUAUCGGGUCGAUGCAGGUGCAGGUGCCGCUCAAUGCGUACCGGAUCAGCCAUGAAACCAGCGAAGUUUCUUCGCAGGCCGAUGAUCAGCUCCCCUCAGUCGACGACUUCCUGGGUCAAUUCCUGGCCACCGAGCAGACCAAGAUGGAUGAACAUGGCGUUCCUGACUACCUCCAAUCCAGCUCGCUUGAAGACGCGUCAGAAAACAGAGGCGAAGCUGGUGAUAGCAGUGAGGGAUCGGAUGAUAGUGUCAGUGACAGCAGCGGGUCGGGGGGACUGAGCGAUUUAGAUCUACCGUCAGUUCCAGAAGACGCCAAAGCGGCUACGGAUGGAAACAGUAACCCACAAGCAGCGGAUGGAAUCAGCAAGGAGGCGGACAGUAGCCUAGGCGAAGAGCCUGCCGACACCUCUGCCAACCAGGACGAGAAACUAGAUGGGGCAGCAGCAGAUCAGGACAAGGAACCAGCAGAGACUGCAGCAGCCCAAGACACGAAGGGCCAGCAUGUGCGUUUAGAUGAGCAAACCAAGAAGGGCUUGCCCUCCAAGGAUGAAGCAGCUAAUCCCGAUCCGGCUGCUGCAAGCGAUGCCUAUAUCAAUACUGAUGACGAGAGCACAGUGUCCAAGCAUGAAGAUGCGGGUGAGCCAGCUCCCAUGUCACCAGCCACCUCGGCAGAGCCCAGAUCGGGGACAGGCAGUAAGCGCCCUGACGAGCCAUGACACCUCGAUAUCCCGAGAAACGAGAUUAUAUCCGAAUAGAUGCCAUCGUAUAUGCAUUGUGCAUACAGGGGUUGAAUAUGUAAUACGAAAUGCGUAAUAUAAAGUG